AUGUCUUUCUUAUGCAAGAAGUUCAAUAAUGACAAUAACACAGAAAAAGAACGAAUCAAAGAAAAGAGGAAAUCGUCGAAGCUGAGCCAUGCAACAGAUACUUACUCAAUGUAUAUUUGCAAACAUUGCAAUAAACAAGUUCCUUCAUUGGAUGAUGUUCCUAUUCAUGAUUGUUUUAUUGGAAAAACAGUAUUCUUAGAGGAAAAUAAUAAUGUUUUAUUUUAUGCAGAGGAUAAACAUGCUGUUUGGGAUCGAAAUGCAACAUUGGCUGUUAUAAGCUUAUAUGAAGCAAAUAUAGAAAUGAUGGAUCAUCCUAAAAAAAAGGAAAAGUAUGGAGGAAGACGCAAUAAGAAUUGGACUACUGACGUUUGGAAUAAAGGUAUUUUUUCAUUAAAAAAGAUGACAAAUGACCAAGUCCGAUGGAAAAUCAAUGCAUUAGAGAAGAGGUACAGAGAAGUAAUAGACAAUAAUUCAAAGUCGGGAAGGGCUCGUAUGGACUUCGAGUGGUAUAAGCAGUUGGAUGAAAUUUUAGGACCGCGACAACGUGCCAGUACUGGGAAUAUUGUUUCAUCGAAAUUAUCAACGUCCGCCACUUGUACUUCGACUUCUGAAAAAGAAUAUUCGAGUGAAUCCUCUUCAAUUGAGACCAAUUCAUCGAAAUAUGGAACAGGCUCCAAAACUGCAGCAACAAAGAUAGAACUCGAAAAAGAGUGGCUACAUCAUUUACAAAGAAAAGAUGAACGUGAUCAUAUCAAAGAUCAAAGAAGAAAUACAGGUUUGUUGGAGACUAAGAAAGAAGCUCUAAAGUUAAAAAAAAGACAACUUGAUUUAAAAGAGACUGAAUUAGAACAACGAAAAGAAAUUGCAAUGAAGAAAGCAAAAGAAAAAAACCCGUUAUAUGGAAUUAUUAUAAAUCGAAUAAUUAAAAUACGAAUUGUUAAAGAAACUUGUAGAAGACAAAGAAAAUGUUCAUAAAAUUUCGAAUUCUGACUAAAAUCCUAUAAUUAAA